AUGGCGCCUCCACCACCGCCGCCGCUAUGCUUCCCGUUCUCGAAUAAAAAGCCCAAGCGACGUCUCUCCUGGUCUAGCUCUGAUUCACGCCAGCCCCUGCCGCCUCCUCCCGCGAAGGAUCAGAAGGUCGUCAGACAUCCCUCAUUUUCUCCUACAUCUACCUACACCACUCAAGCCGACAGCCUUACCUUUCACUCAGACUCCGAGAAGUACGACGAGCUCCCCUCUGAGCUUCCGGUGCUGCACAAAGACGAGAAAGGACGGUCGAGGCUUAACCGAUCGAACACCAUGACAGGCACCAAAAAAUCGACGACAUCAUCCAAGUGGGGCUAUGGAUGGGGUGUCGGAAAGAAGGACAAAGAGAAGGAGAGGGAGAGGGAGGAUUCUAUGAAUGAGAAAUCGUCAUCCCAGGUGGAUCUUCCUCUAUACCAGCCUGUCGUCCGUCGCGACUCGAGAUCCACGCAAGCAAGUCGCUCGACGCAAAAGACGCAGGAAACGCAUCGGACCUAUGCCAGCCAGAAUAGCAAAGCAUCGGGUCAAUCUCAGGAAACGUAUCGAAGCGGCGGAAGCAAAUCCACAGCUCCUAAGCCUCGCCCACCCUUGGUGUCCGGACACACACUGAAUCCGCAGGACUCGACGUCUACACUGGUUGGAUCUGCGUUUGAACGCAAGAUCAAUGAUGUCGAGUCCAUUCGGAUGAAGCCUGACACGACCGAUCGUCUGGACGAAAUGCGUCGUUUGAUGGCCAAAGACAACUUGGAUUACUACGUCGUGCCAAGCGAAGAUGCUCAUGGCUCAGAAUAUGUUGCUGCUAGUGACAAACGUCGCGAGUUCAUUUCCGGCUUUACGGGAUCGGCAGGGCAGGCGAUCAUCACGAAGAGCUCUGCGUAUCUCUUUACCGACUCACGAUACUGGCUUCAGGCUCAGGAAGAAAUUGACCACAACUGGACUCUGAUCAGGUGUGGUGCCCCUGGUUCUCCCGCUGACUGGAUAGAAUGGCUCGAGGGUCGGGUCAAGGGUUCAAGAAUCGGCAUUGAUGCUCGAAUGAUCUCCCAUGAAAAAGCGACGCUCAUCAACACUAAGAUUAAUGGGAAAGAUUCGAAACUUGUGUAUCCACCUCAAAAUCUAGUUGACCUGAUAUGGGUGGACAAGCCAACAAAGUCGCUCGAGAUGGUGUAUAUCCAGAGUACACUCUUUGCAGGCAAGGACGCUGUUUACAAGUUGGAGAAAUUGCGUGAAUGGAUCAGACAACAGCCGGCCGCUGUGCCGUCCUAUUCCAAGAGCGAGCCUUUGCCGUCGCAGAUGCACACUGCUACACUUGUUACCUCCUUAGCUUGCAUCGCGUAUUUGCUCAAUUUGCGCGGUUCGGAUAUCCCAUACAACCCACUAUUCCAUGGUUAUCUGUUCGUUACGCUGGACAAGGCCUUUUUGUUCGUGGAACCUCAGAAACUACACGACGACGUCAUUGCCUACCUUGACACAAUUGGUGUUCAACGCAAAAGCUAUACCGAUUUAUGGCCUUUCUUGCGACGAAGGGAGUGGGGAGAGGGCAAGGUCCUUAUUGCUCCCCAGACUUCGUAUGCCAUUUCGCUUAUGUUGACUCAUUUCCGGUAUACGGUCGCUCCCUCAUAUGUCGAGGUCAUGAUGUCUGUAAAGAACGAGACCGAGAUCGAAGGCUUGAGACGUGCUUAUCUUCGCGAUGGUGUCUCAUUUGUAAGAUUCCUUGCCUGGCUCGAGUACAAGUUAGCGCAAGGCUACGAUAUCACGGAAUACGAGGCGGGUUUCCGGUUGACGGAGUUUAGGCGGAAGAACAAGUACUUCAUGGGUCUCGCCUACGAGAAUAUCUCUGCCAGUGGACCCAAUGCAGCUCUGCCACACUACUCGCCGAGGAAGUCGACGGCCGCUAUGAUUUCACGAGACCUUCCGUAUCUCAAUGAUUCCGGUGCCCAGUAUUACGAUGGAACCUGCGAUACGACACGCACUAUGCACUUUGGUCGGCCUACACCAGAGAUGUGCGAGGCUUAUACACGUGUUCUGCAAGGUCAUAUCGCUAUCGACACUGCCAUCUUCCCGGAAGGUACUUCUGGCCGCCAACUUGACGUUCUUGCACGCAAGGCUCUGUGGAAGGAUGGUAUGAACUACAUGCAUGGUACGGGUCAUGGAUUUGGUGCGUUUUUGAGUGUACAUGAAGGCCCUCAUGGCUUCGCGAGCAAUGUUCCUCUUGUUCCUGGUCAUGUUAUCACCAACGAGCCUGGAUUCUACCUCGAAGGUAAAUGGGGCAUGCGUAUCGAGUCGGCUCUUGUCGUAACGAGAGUCAAGACACGAGGCCAAUUCAACGGUGACGUUUGGCUAGGGUUCGACCGGUUCACCUGUGUCCCCAUUCAAACUAGAAUGGUCAAGGAGAGCAUGCUCACAAAGGAAGAGAAGCAAUGGAUCAAGGAUCACAACACACGCUGUUAUGACAAGAUUGCACCAUUCCUCAAAGAUGACAAGCGGGCUCUCAAGUGGCUUAAGCGAGAGGCGGAACGGGGCAUAGGCCUCGCACCCGCUGCUGGUGGUAUCUCGAUUGACUGGGAUUGA